GAAAAAAGAUGACAAGAAAGAGGAACCCAAAAAGGAUGACAAGAAAGACGAGAAAAAAGACGAGAAAAAAGACGAGAAGAAAGAUGAGAAGAAAGAUGACAAGAAAGACGACAAGAAAGAUGACAAAAAGGAUGAUAAAAAAGAUGAUAAAAAGGAAGAACCAAAGGAGGUGUGGAUCAUGGACCCUGCCACCGAUUUGUACUAUUACUGGCUGUGCACAAUAUCCAUCCCAGUGUUCUACAACCUAAUGUUCCUGGUUGCCAGGGCUUGUUUUAAUGAACUGCAGUAUGCAAAUACAAGCACAUGGAUGGUUUUGGACUACAUUUCCGAUACUCUCUACUUCAUUGACACCUUUGUGAGAGCCAGGACAGGUUUUCUGGAACAAGGUCUUCUUAUAAAGGACGAGAAGAUGCUGAAAGAAAAGUACAUGAAGACAUUCCAGUUCAAGGCAGACAUCAUAUCAAUACUUCCUACAGAUAUUAUAUUCCUCCAAAUUGGAGUUGACAACCCAGAGUGGAGGUUCAACCGUCUUUUCAGGUUAGCCCGACUCUUUGAGUUCUUUGACCGGACAGAAACUCGAACAAAUUUCCCCAACAUCUUCCGAAUUGGUAAUCUAGUACUUUACAUCAUCAUCAUUAUCCACUGGAACGGUUGCCUCUACUUUGCCAUCUCCAAGGUGCUUGGCUUUGGCUCAGACACCUGGGUUUAUCCAGACCUGAAGAAUCGUGAGUAUGCUCGCCUGGCCAGGCAGUACAUCUACUGCUUUUACUGGUCCACUCUUACUCUGACCACCAUUGGAGAGACACCACCCCCAGUUCGAGACUUUGAAUACUUUUUUGUGGUGGCUGACUUCCUCACUGGGGUUCUGAUCUUUGCCACAAUUGUCGGCAAUGUUGGUGCCAUGAUUUCCAACAUGGGUGCUGCACGUGUAGAGUUCCAGGCAAAGAUUGACUCUAUCAAGCAGUACAUGCAAUUUCGAAAGGUCACCAAAGACCUGGAGGUAAGGGUAGUGAAGUGGUUUGACUACCUGUGGACAGAGGAGAAAACCUGUGAUGAGAAGCUGGUGCUGAAGAACCUGCCAGACAAGCUAAAGGCUGAGAUCGCCAUCAAUGUCCAUCUGGAGACUCUAAGUAAAGUGCGCAUCUUUCAAGACUGUGAAGCGGGUUUGCUGGUUGAGCUGGUCCUCAAACUUCAGCCUCAAGUUUUCAGUCCUGGUGACUACAUCUGUAAGAAGGGGGACAUCGGCAGGGAAAUGUAUAUCAUCAAAGAGGGAAAACUGGCUGUAGUAGCAGAUGAUGGGGUCACCCAGUUUGUGGUCCUCAGUGAUGGGGCAUACUUUGGAGAAAUCAGCAUCCUUGGUAUCAAGGGAAGUAAGGCAGGAAACCGAAGAACAGCCAACAUCCGAAGUGUGGGCUACUCUGAUCUGUUUGCCCUGUCCAAAGAUGAUCUAAUGGAGGUACUCGUCGAGUAUCCUGAUGCUAAAACUUUGCUGGAAGAGAAGGGAAAGGCAAUCCUGAUGAAAGAUAAUCUCAUAGACGAGUCGCUGAUGACUGCCAUAGAUGCCAAAGACUUGGAGAACAAAGUCGACGUCAUUGAAGCCAGUUUGGAUGUCAUGGCUAUCAAAUUUCGAAAGCUGGCAGAACAGUUUGAAUCUUCUCAGCGCAAACUCAAGCAAAGGCUCACUAAUAUGUCGAACCAAGUCCGAACCCUCAGAGUAGAUGAGUAG